UCCCAUCCUUAAAUGGUUCUCUGCAUCUUUAUAUAUAUCUUGAUUGUCUAAAGACAAUCGGUGUAUAUAACUUAAAACUUUUUCGCGAAAUACUAAAGUUGAUAUGGAAGAAGCAAAACACAAAAUCCCCCAAAACAAAAACCCGAAGGGAAGAGAAAAUUUUCGGAAGAGAAAUAUAUAUAGAGAAAGCGAGAGAUCAGUGACUGUUGGGGACAGAGGGGAAAAUGGAGGGAGUAGAAGGACAGGGCUCAAGUGGUUACACUCUACAACCAAGUCAAUUAGCAAGCGAAGACAUACUAUUCUGUGUAGAUGUAGACAGCGAAUCAGUCGUAGAAAUGAAGGUUACGGUAGCGGGUGGGCGGCCAUAUAGCAGAUUAGACUCCUUUAAGCAAGCCAUCCUUCUCUUUAUCAACGCUAAGCUUACCAUUAACCCAGAUCACCGUUUCGCUUUUGCUGGUCUUGGCAAAUCUGCUUUUUGGGUUCGGAAAGAGUUUACUAGUGACAUUGACUCGGCAAUUUCUGCAUGUCGGGGUAUCUCAGCAGUAGAUUCACCUUGUGGCCAUGCAGACCUUACUCAACUAUUUCGGGUGGCAGCUCAUGAAGCCAAAAAGUCACGUUCACAAAAUCGGACACUCAGGGUGAUACUUCUAUAUUGUAGGUCAUCUAUACCACCACAGCAUCAAUGGCCUGCUACCCAAAAACUCUUCACUUUGGACGUAGUUUACCUUCAUGACAAGCCUGGACCUGACAAUUGCCCUCAAAAGGUGUAUGAUGCCCUCGUGGAGGCCCUCGAACACGUUAGUGAAUAUGAGGGUUACAUAUUUGAGAGUGGUCAGGGGCUUACUCGUGUCCUCUUCCGUCAUAUUUGUACGCUCUUGUCCCACCCUCAGCAACGUUGCGUGCAAGAUGACCUUGACAUUCCCAAGUCUCUUACAAAGAAGUCAGUUACGGUUGACUCAAGCACCAGCUGAUGAAAAUGCUGCUGUCUCUAACCAAUGAUAGACAAAUCGAAGCAACUCUCCCUGGUUGUGCUGUUUUUCGCCCUUCGUGUUCUAGUGUUCUGUGGAGGACUAAUCUGGACAGGGUACUCUGGUCAACCAUGUAACACCCCCCCCCCCCCCCCUUUCAUCCACCUCUUUCUCUUCCUGUAUAGUUUUCUUUUUGUUGCUAUGUCUGAACCAAUCUAGAAUAUAAAUUUAUCAGGGUUGAUGAGCUCUAUCCUCUCUUGGUCAUGGCAAAAUCAUCUGAUGUGCUGUUA